CGCGUCCACGGAGGCGCCACGGGUUCUCUGCGUCCUUCACACAUACACACACACACCGGGUCUGUCUAGCCGCCAAACAGUUGUUGAAAGUCUAUCAGCUUUUUCAGUUAUUUUGAUUGGGUACAAUUUUCUGUAUUGAAUAUCAGAUUGGAUACCCACAGAGACGGGGUGCUAUCGCGCUGUGAGAAGGCAUCAACGAACUGAAGAGGGGAACCAACGUGCUCUGAAUACAGACACCAACUAUUAAGGUCCUACUGUAGCCUUGCUCACCGCUCCCUUAGGAAAGAACCCACAUCCAAUCGAUCAGAGGACUUGCUGGUUAGGCUAUAUUUGUUUUCUAAUUCAACCAGGAAAACGUUUUCAGUUUUAAGACGUUAUUUUAUAGGGAUAAUUUACCUGUUCUCUUUGGAACCAUCUCCGCUUUAUUCUAGAGGAUAAAUUGGCCACACGCGGUCGGAUUUCUCCAAAGCGCACAGAAAAGAAGCAGUAGCCUUCACACGUUCCCGCAGACGAGAGGUUUCUCUUGCUUUGACAUGCUGUAGUGGUUUUUUUCUGAAAUGGCUUCGCUGUAUCAGAGAUUCGCCGGUAAGAUUAAUACGAAUAAUUCUUUCCCGCACCCACCUGAGGCCAGCCACCUACUAGGCGGACAGGUAGCGGACGAGGAGAACAACACACGGAAGACCCCGCAGCCCGUCGCGGACCGCAGACCCCAUGUUCCCUACGGAAAGAAAAAUGCGAGCGAGGACGAGCAUGACCUGGUGAGCAGUGCCCCUCCACAGAGGAACUGGAAGGGGAUAGUCAUCGCCCUGCUGGUCAUCUGCAUCAUCUUGUCUCUGAUCGUCACAUCCGUCAUCCUGCUCACCCCAAUUGCAGAUGAUAGCCUUGCCCUCAAGAAGAAAGUCACCAUCGAGGACGUCUUUGGAGGAGAUCUUCACGUGCACGACCCCGACGCUACAUGGCUCAGCGACAAUGUACUACUGUAUCGAACACGAGAAGGGGACGUGGUCAAACUCAACAUCGAAACACAGGAGAGGGUCGUUUUGGUGGAGAACAGGAAGUUUGAAAUGUUCAAAGCCACCAAGUACCACAUAUCUCCAGACCUGGAACAUGUGUUGUUGGCCUACAACGUGGCCCCAGUCUACCAGCACUCCUACAUGGCCUUCUACAUCAUCUGUAGUCUCAUCACCCCGGAGACGUGGAGUCUAAAUCCUCCUGAGGUACGGAACGCCCCCCUGCAGUAUGCUGGAUGGGGACCCAAGGGCCAACAGCUGAUCUUUAUCUUUGAGAACAACAUCUACUACAGAGCAACGGUGGAGAGCAGGACCAUUCGCCUGGUGUCCACAGGGAAGGAGGGAGUCAUCUUCAAUGGCCUGAGUGACUGGCUGUAUGAAGAGGAGAUCCUUCAGACCCACAUAGCCCAUUGGUGGUCUCCAGAUGGCCUCAGACUGGCCUACGCCACCAUCAACGACACCCUGGUGCCCAAGAUGGAGGUACCCAUUUUCACUGGCGCCCCGUAUCCAACAGGGCUGGAGUAUCAUUACCCCAAGGCUGGGGAGGAGAACCCUGUAGUACACCUGUCUGUGGUGAGUUUGAAUGGCCCCCUUCACACGGUGGAGAUGAAGAAACCAGACGACCCCAGGAUAGGAAUGGAAUAUUACAUCACAAUGGUGAAGUGGGCCACCAGCACCAAGGUGGCAGUCAACUGGCUGAACAGAGCACAGAACAACUCCAUACUGACACUGUGUGAGGCCACCACAGGAGUCUGCACUAAGAAACAUGAGGAUGAAAGUGAUAGCUGGCUACACAAACAGAACGAAGCACCACUCUUCUCCCAUGAUGGAUACAAGUUCUUCUUUACCAGAGCUAUACCUCAGGGUGGGAGGGGCAAGUUCUUCCAUAUCUCCAUGUCAACAUCCCAGCCCAACACCAGCACAGACACUCUGCAGUCCCUGACAUCAGGCGACUGGGAUGUUACUCAGAUACUGGCCUACAGCCAAGACAGGCAGCUCAUAUACUUUUUGAGCACAGAGGAUGAUCCAAAACGACGACACCUCUACAGUGCGGACACUAAAGGCCCGUUCAACCGCCGCUGUCUGUCGUGUGAGUUCAAGUGUGGCUAUGUGGACGGCUCCUUCAGCCACAACAUGCAGUACUUCCUGCUCAACUGUAAAGGCCCCGAUGUACCCAGUGUUGCCAUCUACAGCACGAAAGACAGACAGAAGGUCCUGGACCUGGAGACGAACCAGAGAGUGAAUAACACAUACCACAACAUGCAGAUGCCCAAAGUGGAGUACGAGACCAUCACCAUAGACGAUUACACUCUGACGAUGCAGAUACUGAAGCCAGCUGGUUUCAUAGACACAGCUCACUACCCCCUCCUGCUACUAGUGGACGGAACUCCAGGCGGACAGAUGGUGACAGAGCAGUUCCGUGUGGACUGGGCCACGGUGUUGGUGAGCAGUUACAGUACCAUUGUGAUCCGCUUUGACGGCCACGGGUCUGGGUUCCAGGGCACCAACCUCCUCCACCGCAUCAGGAGGAAGUUGGGCGUAAUCGAGGAGAGGGACCAGAUGGAGGCCCUCAGACUGAUAUCGAAAGAAAUGUACAUCGACAAAAGUCGAAUUGGAGUAUAUGGAAAGGUUUAUGGAGGAUAUUUAGCCACCAUGCUUUUAAGUUCUGAAGACUCCUUGCUUAAAUGUGGAGCCGCCGUCUCGCCCAUCACAGAUUUCAAGUUAUACGCUUCAGCAUUUUCAGAGAGAUACCUUGGAUCACCAAAGACAGACUCUCGAGUAUACUCGCUGGCAAGUUUAGCACACCGGGCAGCUCACCUCAUGAACAGGAAGUACAUGAUCAUCCAUCCAACUGCUGAUGAGAAAGUCCAUUUCCAGCACUCUGCAAAAUUCAUCAACCAUUUAAUCAACGAGAAGGCAAAUUACUCUCUACAGAUCUACCCAGACGAGGGACACUUCCUGCAUAGCGAUGGCACACGGCAACACCUGAGCCAAUCACUGGUUAACUUCUUUGAGGAGUGUUUCCGACUGCCGGACUUACCGAGCGAGGACAAGAAGGAUGAGGGAGAUGGUUAACCCAGCUGACACGUGGUUAACACUCCAGCACAAUAUGCAACAAAUCUUUCUCAACUCAUUACCCCCACCCCGGCCCAGAUCUGUUUGUGCUGUCUUGCCAACUCUGAUGGUCAGCUGUGACAAUGCUCAUUUAGAGUUGGCAUUGGCAAGACAGAUCUAGGACCAGGCCAACCUACUCCACCCUCUGUAUAAUUUGGGCUCCUCUUUAGAGCAUGUACCAACGUCAUGGACGUUGUUGACAGUGGUAAAAAAAAUAGUCUUAGCAGUGAACAAGUUAUUUGUUCUUUUUUUGGACCAAAUAAUCUGGUCACUGAAGAACCCUCUAGUAACCCCCCUUGUGGACAGCUGAAGAAGUGAACCACUACUCCGACCAGCAUCCAUUGAGGGAUGCAUUUCCUCUCCCACCACACACAAGUAAGUCUAUAGAGGGCUUUACAGCACAAAAUAUCCCCUACGAGCAUCAUCAAUUUCAUUGCGGUGAACAUGGAGGGGACAUAGGAGCUUCCUGUUGUUGGUAUCGUCACUAUAGAUGAGUCAACAUCCACCAGAGUUUGUGUCCAUGAUUCUGAUGUUAAAACAGCAGUACAAAGAACCAUUUGUUUCUCUUAAUUGCUGUUUGUAAUGUUGAAUAUGUCUUUCAGUAAGUACUGUGGCUUUGAGUUAAUGUAUGGUGGUCACAUCGGCCAAUGAUUUCCUUUCCAAAUGAGUGAGGGCACAAUGUUACUUUAACUUUGGGAUCAUUACGAUCAAUUUUUUUCACUCCUGUCAUUUGGAGUGACGCUCUAGUGUUAUGUUAGGGCUCAAUUCAAUCCUUAGCACCGAAGAUCUUUGCUGUAGUUUGAAAUGUAAAGGUAAUUUCUGAAUGCAGGAACAUUGCUUUAAAAUUCCUAUCGCGCUGUAGCGCAGGUUCUUCAGCGCUACUGAUUGAAUCGAGCGCUUAGUCACUGUGCCUUACUACUGGGGGUAAACAUUCAUGUCAAGGACUAUAACACUUUUAUAACAGAUCAGUAACCUUUCAUCUAAGCAAGAUUGGUAAAUUGUACAUGGGACAUAAUUGACUUGAAUCAUUGCUAUCGGACCAGUCCAUAUGGUUGAAAAUGUAAUGUGAAUUUAUAACUCCCAUUAUGUGUACUAUUAUGCUUAUAUAAUAGACACAAACCUGAAAGUUCUGGCUGUUGUUACUACAAAGGUUUUAUAAUUGUUUUUUUUGGCGAAUUAAUGUUUGGUUCUUUGUCAGCUCAUUUAAAAUGAAGUGUUCAAUGGCUUGACCGUCUGUCCCCAUGACCUCACUUCUGUUAGUAUUGUCAGCUGUUUUACAAAAUAACUGUGGGUGACUAGUACAUAAAGCAUUUUCAAAUGUA